AUGAGAAAGGCUAUAGGUCCUUUCGUAAUUCUUAAGCGAAUUCAGAUAGAUUAUACUUACGAGGAGGAGCCGAUAGCUUUAUGGGACCGAAAGUAUUCUAACAUUUUCUUCAAACUCCGUCGAAGAAGAAGAACUUCACCGGAGAAGGGAAGUAGCUGCUCGCAGGAAGCAGCAACUCUUCAUGUAAGUUACCUUCCGCCAUUUUCCUGGCGGAAGCAAGUAGUUGCAAGUUUCUCGGCCAAGGGCAGCAAAGGGCGAGCAGUAAUUCUCGUCGGAGAAGAAGGACAGUCGUUGUCUCUUCCGUCAGGUUUCAUUCUCGCUGACGCCAUUUUUCCAGCGGAAGCAGUUGUGACGCGAGCUUCAUGCCGGCGUUCCUGUCGUGGUCGCGAGCUGCGAUUCUUCUCGCCAUCGCUGGAGAAGAUGACUUUCAAGCAGGCUAGUUAUGUUUCAGUGAAGGUGAGCUCUUUUCAGCGAGCAGCGGAUCCUCUCAGACGUUGCCGGAGAAUCUUCUCAGCCGCGCGACUUCUUCCAGCGAGCAGUGAGUCUCGUUCAUUUUUCACCGCCGGAAUAGUCAUUUCAUUUCCGUCAAAAUGCAUCCUUGCCGGCGAACAACAGGUAGAGAGGGUUCCGGCAGCAUCCUCCCUCGUUGCUCCGAUGGCCGCAAGUAGCAGAGAUACAGCUACCAGCACAACACUUACAGUUUUCAAACGUUUUCAAAGAAGAAAAGGUGGGGACCCAGCCUGGAGUGUGCACACGUACCCGAUGAGAUAUCGGCCAGUUUACAGAUUCAGUUACAGUUACCAAUCAGAUAUCGGUUACCGUUUCCCUAAGUCCUGCACGGAGGCCAUAUCGUAUGUAAGACCGGGGCAGAUGUCGAAGGCCUUCCAUAUGUAUGUCGUUACCUCCUUAAUCGCCGCCUUGUCUGCCGCCUCCGCCACCGUCCUCGGCGCCUACACCCUCGCGCAGUCCGAGGAUUCUCAGCACCGCGCCAAGCUGGCGUCGAUUUAUUCGGAGGUGGAUGUCGCCAUCGAGAGAUCCAACGAAUCGGUUAACAGAAUCCUGAACAGGAUGAGGCAGACGGGCGUGGCGGCAUCCGUCUUGUGGCAGUCGUUGAGGUCUGUACUCUCGUCGGCAAACCACGAGGUCAGGGCGGGGUUCGAGCUGAGGGUUGCGGCGCUGCUGGCUGACAUUGAUGGUAAUGGCACACAGGCCGAGUCUGCUAGGGCGCUGGCGUACUUAAUUGCGGAUCCCAAUGUGUGCGAGGUGGUUUUCGGGAGGCCCCGAGCUGUGCCUAAUUUGUUGAGGUUCAUUUUCUCAGCUCAACCUAAGCGGUCAAAGAAAGCAAAGCAAAGUUCAUUCCAUGUUUCUGAUAAAGGCAAGAGUAUGCUUGUUGCAGCAGUUAUGGAUGUUGUCACUUCUAAUUGUGAAAGCGUAGAAAAAUUAUCAUUUAGUCCUUUGCUACCGAAAGAUGCUGAAAUGAGAGAUAUUGCAGCAGCAAUAGCAGUAAUUGAAGAGGGUGGAAUGCAGUGGGAUGAGCAGCAUGGGGAUGAAGAUGAUGAUGGUGGAAAAGGAAUGAAGGGUAUUGGAAUCAAGGUUCUCGGUGGUGCCACAGUUUUGGGGUUCUCGGAAACUGGUGGAUAUGCUGAUGUAGAUCAUUCUGAUUCUUAUGAUACCAGGAUGAUAAGUAAUGCAUCAAAGAAUUUAUUAUUUAGCAGGAUGAGUGAAAGUUCCCAUGCACAAUUAAAGUUGCAUUCUGCAGUAGUUCCGGGCCUUUGGGAUGAUUUGGAUUCCGAACAUGUAGCGAUUCCAUUUGCUGCAUGGGCAUUGGCUAAUUGGGCCAUGGCGUCUGAAGUUAAUCGCGCGCACAUACAAGAACUAGAUCGUGAUGGGCAUGCAGUUAUGAGUGCAUUAGUGGCACCUGAGAGAUCAGUAAAGUGGCAUGGGAGUUGGUUGGCGCAGUUGCUUUUGGAGGACCGAAAUCUGCCUUUAAAUAAUUCUGUUUCAGAUUGGAGUUCUAGUCUUCUUUCUACUAUUUCACAAGCUAGCAAAACUCAGGAUAUACCGCUGGCUCAACUGGCUCUGUCUGCUUUACUGGUUUCUAUUGACAGAAGCCCUGAAGCACAGGAAGUAGUAAUGGAUAAAGGCCUCCAUUCGAUGAGAGAAGCAUCUAAACAAAUGGCAAAUCAGAAAGCGAUUCAAGAGUCAUUGGCAAAAGCUUUAGAACUAAUCAGUUCCAGGGAACUGCACAUGUCUCUUGAAGAGAGUCAAAAAUGGUCAGCAAUUCUACUUUCUUGGGUAUUUGGGAAAGUCUCUUCGGACGCAAUCCGUUCAUCAGCUAUAAAUAUUCUUUCGCGCAUUCUUGAAGAUUAUGGGCCGUCAUCUGUCCCAAUUUCUCAAGGAUGGCUGACUAUAUUGCUAACAGAUGCUCUCAGCUGUAGGAAAGCAACAUUGGCAAAAGUAAGUGCUCAGCUCACAAGUGAUAAAGUAAAGACACAAAUUGAUCUGUCAAAUGUUGUUUCUGCAACCCAGACUGCGAAUCAGUUGGCAACUGCUGUUGUUAAUUUAGCAGGAGCGCAACUAGGGACGGCCAUUGACAGUGCCGAUGCAUUUCCACUGGCCGACUUGCUGUCUCUUGAACCCUUUGUGGGAUUAUUCAAAAAUCUAAAGAAGGAUAAAACACUGAAAAUUACAGCAGCAGAUUCUGCAAAUGCCACUCUAAAAGGCAUAAAAGCACUAACAGAAAUUUGUGCUGAUGAUCCUUCGUGUCUAGACAAGAUAGCGGACUUUGGAGUGCUAUGUUUACUCAGACGAUUUUUGUUGGACGAUGAUUAUGAACAACUAGCUGCAAUUGAAGCAUAUGAUGCAUCGAGGGCUAUGGAGGCUCAAGAGAAAGUAUCAUCAACUUCUGGUGAUUCUUCGGUAGAUGCUACUCACGAUCCUUCAAAUUUACGGGUACCGGCUACUGCUCACGUCCGGAGGCAUGCCGCACGUCUGCUCACUGUUCUUUCUGUUCUUCCAAAAGUCCAGAAAGCCAUUGUUGCGGACAAAUCUUGGUAUAAAUGGCUUGAGGAAUGUGCCAGAGGGCAAAUUCCUGGUUGCAAUGAUCUUAAAAUUCAGAGUUAUGCCAGGGCAACAUUAUUGAAUGCAUUUUGCAGUUACCUUGCCGAUUGGAAGUCUGAAAGUGAUGGUGCAGCUGACAGCCGCUCCUUGAACAAAAAACAGCACUGCCCACAUUUUUCUGACAUGAUUUUUUUGAUUAAUCCUGGGUUGUCUCAUUGGAAGUGCACAGAACAGAGAACGUCAAACUCUAGUGAUAAAUCUACUGGUAGUGAUGAUUCUGCUGAGGUGGCGAAUGGGAAUUUGUCAAGAACCAUGGAGGAUGGUAAUAAUCCUCCUGCUUCUACCUCUGAAUCUGAAAGCUUCUCGAAUUCGGAGUUUCCUCCAUUGGAUGUUGUUUUUGUCCAUGGCUUGCGUGGGGGUCCCUUCAAAACUUGGCGGUUGUCUGAGGACAAGUCGUCAACAAAAUCCGGCCUCGUUGAGAAGAUUGAUGAAGAGGCUGGAAAGCAAGGGACAUUUUGGCCAGGAGAAUGGCUAGCAGCCGACUUUUCUCAUGCUCGCUUGUUUAGUCUCAAAUACAAGACAAAUCUUACACAGUGGUCUGGGGCCAGCCUACCUCUUCAGUUUCUUGUAACACUAAAGCAAAAAGAAGUUAUAGGCCAUCUCCUGGAAAUCUGUACAAACAUGGAAUCCUUUUAUCUCGUAUCUAUUCUUUUAUGCAUGGGAGGCCUGGUUGUGAAGCAGAUGUUAUACCAAGCCAGGACAGAAAACAAAGAUAAUUUUGUUGAGAAUACUGUUGGAAUUGUUUUCUAUAGCUGUCCUCAUUUUGGCAGCAAGCUUGCGGAUAUGCCUUGGCGCAUGGGUCUUGUAUUGCGUCCUGCGCCUACUAUAGGAGAAUUGAGAAGUGGAUCACCUAGGCUAGUGGAGCUGAAUGAUUUCGUUCGUCAACUUCAUAAGAAAAAGUUGAUUGAUGUCCUUAGUUUCUGUGAGACGAAAGUAACGCCAAUAGUAGAAGGUUAUGGAGGCUGGGCUUUUCGUAUGGAGAUUGUACCCAUGGAAUCAGCGUAUCCUGGAUUUGGUGAACUCGUAGUAUUGGAUUCGACGGACCAUGUAAAUUCUUGCAAGCCUUUGAGCAGGACUGAUCCAUCAUACAAAGAUACAUUAGACUUUUUACAAAGGCUGAGAUCACAUUACAGCUGAGGUGUUUAUGUACAGAGUCGAGAUCAACCGUUUUCCAUUUUGAGUGAGUACUCUCUUUUCUAUUCGGCCUAUGUUAGAAGUUCUAUGAAGGUAGAUACGUUCAUGUUGCCAAUUUCACUAUAGUGAUAAUCGAGCGCAUUUUGAGUACGGUACAUAUGUUCUUGUUGCCCACUGCACUUUGGUGAUAAUUGAGUCACAUUUUACAAUGGCUCUGCCAAUAUAGAAGAAUAUAUAAGGUGGGAAUAUACUGUAUACAGAUUUUUCUGGUAAAUUUUUUUUCUUGGUAUCCAUAGAUGAUCCUGAGCAUCAGAAAUAGAUAUUAGCAACACA